GAAGAAACCAAAACAUGGCGGCAAAGUUGAAACAAGAAGAUUCAAUUGACGAACUUUACAGCAGCUUAGCUUCGCUGCGUGAAGAGCUUGUGAAGAAAUAUGAAGCUUGUAUUCGAGAAAGACGUCAAGUCGAAAGCAAUGUUCAUCAAUGUAGAAAGCUCUUUAAACCUUGGCCCUGUUUGGACAAGAAUAAACCCGAAGACAACAGCACUAAAGAACUAACUGACAAGACUACAAAGAGUUUAAAUGAAAAGGGUGAAGGAGAGGGGGAUGGAGCUACAGAUGAACAAGAUAAACACAAAGCCAAUCCAGAUGUCGAACUACUUGACAAAAUCCUAGCCAAAGCUCAAAGAGCCAGAGAGAUCCAAGAAAAGAUAGAUGCUGCUAAUUCAAAGGCUAAAAUGUCAAUGAAAACCCAUUCAGCUCAAGAUACAAAAAAGAAAGAAAAAGUUACAAACAUCACCAGUAAUCAGCAGCGAAAUCCCAAAACAGUUGCCAUGGUAACAAGGGCCAGACCCACAAGCAUGCUGUCAAGCAAACGUGCAGUCGUUAAGCAACCCGUGUUGGAAAGAAAAAAUAAACCAGCUCCUAUGAGAACUACUUAUGGGGCAUCAUUUGGUAAACUUUCUCGUAGUAGACCCGGUACAGGGAAAAAGUCUGCGAAGGAUUAUCUGGAGGGUGUUCUUGGAGGGAGUGCCGCGAAGUCCAGGAUCACUAUAGACAAAACUCACAGCAAAAGUGAAACUCAAGCACCUCAAUUACCAGUAAGUAGAGGAAGCAAGAAGACAAUCAACACACAAGAUGAUACAGAUAGUACACAACAUUCAUUAAAAGAGCAACCUGAACCACGAGAACCUGAGAGCCAUGUUGAAGGACAGGAAGGCAAUAUUGAAGAGGGAGACUUUGUAGAAAGAGCAAAAAAUGAAUUAUCAAGAAUAUCAAAUGAACUGAAUGAGAUUUCAUUGAAGAAACAAGAAAGAUUAAAAAAGGUGAAAAAGAUUGAUUUAAACAAAGAAAAACCAUCAACAGAGCCAACAAAUGUCGCAGUAGCUGAGCCAGAAAUUGUGGACAAGAAGCCUUUCCUUCUCAUGGAAGAUGGACAUACACUUUCUCUACCUUCUAAAUACCGAAAAAUGAAAUCUAAGAAUUCUAAAUUGGUUUCUCAGAUACAUAAAAAACUGCAUGAAACUGAUUUCAGUCAGUCAGAAAGGUUUACCAGGUAUUUAGAAAACCAGUUUGACUGGCCAAACAAGUUAGACUGGUCAAACCAGUUAUCUCAUGAGACGUUAUCAACAGAGGCUCAAGCAUUGAUGGACACUCAACGCAGGCUUCUCUUGCAUGCCAAUUGGGUAAUUGACAGGAGUGUGGAAAUAAGUACCCCAAAUUCAGCAUUUUCCUGGCAGAAUGUGUACAAAUGCUAUCGACACUGGCAGGUGUUGUUGGGAAAGUUUAGGGAAGUGCAGAAACGAACUAAAGAUUUGAUGGCAGCUGAGGGGUACCUACAACGAUGUUGUCCAUGCGGUGGGUGUCUGGCAGCAAGGGAACUAUCCUCACAUUACUCCAACCCUCACAAUACCGACCAGCAAGACUAUUCGACCACAAGGUGUUGUCUAUUUUCAACAUGGCUGAUGAAAGCCGAGGACGAAUCGUGUGGACUCCAUGACCGCGUGACCUACACUAGUGAUAAGGAGCUGCGCAAGCUCAAUGAGGCUGUUCAUGACUUGCAGAUAAAAGAACUGAGUGUUCAGAUACAGCGUCGAAUUGGAUUAAAAGCUUUGCAAGUACUGGAGCAACUAGACCCAUCAGACAGGUUGUUUAUACCCAUCUAUCGAGGACUGUGGGGUCUUGUGUGCGGCCAAGGGAGAGCUUUUCCAUCACUUGUCUUGGAUAACACUGGAGACUAGUAUGAUCUCCUCUUUUUAUUUUAUUUUCUCUCCUAUUCCUUUGUUAUCACAGCUAUUUACCCAUUUCACUCAACAAAAUUGGAAUAAAUUCUCCCAAUUACAGGUACAACGAAAAGCAUUUACUCUAACUCAAAACUAAAUAAUCGAAUAUGUUUUCACAUAAAAGAAAGUAAAAACGACAACAACAACAACAUUCGGCUAUUUCAGAUGUAAAUGAAUUCUGACAAAUUAAAUUUCUUGUCAAGAGAAAAAGUUUUCGACGUUGUCAAUAGCUAUGAAAAUUGUAGCAUUAUUAAUGGGAAUCACAGAGUCGCAUACCCUCGAAUGUAAAGCUUCCUCAACAAGUUAUACCGUGUAAUGAUUUUUUUCAUUAAACCUCUUGGAUUUAAAAAAACCCGGAAAAUUCGAAUAGUUCAGGUUAAAAUUCGAAUAAUCAGAAA